UCAUGCACACCGGCCACCGCAGCUCAUCCUUAUUGGUCUCGUUAGGGUUUUAGGAGGGGCCACUCGACAUGGAGGCUCUCCGCCGGAUCACCCGCCGUCCUAUUCGGCGCCGCUUCCUCUCCUCCCAAGCCUUCGAUCCGCCGCCGGCCGCCCCUCGCCGCCGUGUCGUGGUUACAGGUCUGGGGAUGGUCACCCCGCUUGGGUGCGGCGUGGGGGAGACGUGGCGGCGGCUGGUGGAUGAACGGUGCGGCGUGCGGGCGCUCACGCCCGCUGAUCUCAGAAUGGACGGCUUCGAUGAGGCCACGGUGAUGCACACCUACGACCAGCUGACGGCCAAGGUGGCGGCCAUCGUGCCGUGCGGAAAAGGGGAAGGGAAGUUCGACGAGGAGCAGUGGCUGCAGUCCAAGGACCAUAGGUCCACAUCAAGAUUUAUUGCUUAUGCGCUCUGUUCAACCGAGGAGGCUCUCAGAGAUGCAAACUGGUUACCAACUGAACCAGAAAAGAAGGAAAGAACGGGUGUUUCCAUUGGCGGUGGGAUAGGAAGCAUCUCCGACAUUUUAGAUGCAGCUCAGCUGAUAUGUGAUAAGCGUUUACGUCGGCUUAGCCCAUUCUUCAUCCCUAGAAUACUGAUCAACAUGGCAUCUGGUCAUGUCAGCAUGAAAUAUGGAUUCCAGGGCCCAAAUCAUGCUGCUGUUACAGCUUGUGCAACUGGAGCUCAUUCCAUUGGUGAUGCAACAAGGAUGAUUCAGUUUGGAGAUGCGGAUGUUAUGGUCGCCGGAGGAACAGAGUCCAGUAUCGAUGCUUUGUCAAUAGCUGGAUUUUGUAGGUCAAGAGCACUGGCUACAAAGUAUAACCUUCUACCACAAGUAUCUUCUCGACCAUUUGAUUGUGACAGAGAUGGAUUUGUGAUAGGUGAAGGAUCUGGCGUGAUGGUGUUGGAGGAACUGAAUCAUGCUAAGGAGCGAGGAGCAAAAAUUUAUGCAGAAGUUCGAGGCUAUGGGAUGUCAGGUGAUGCAUAUCACAUAACUCAACCACACAUUGAUGGGAAGGGUGCUAUUUUAGCUAUGACACGUGCACUCGAGCAGGUAUUGCUACACCUGUUUGUACUCAACUUGUCAAUUAAGUCAGAAUUUAGGAUA